UUUGACCGAUACAUGCUUACAUACAAGUACAUAUGUGUGUAUGUAUAGUAUAAAUGCUAUAUGUGCACAUAUGUGUGUUCAUGAUAAAGGCAAGUAAAUGACACUGAGCAUCCGAGUAUUAAUUUAGUGUGGUUUUCUAUUCAUUUAGCCGCUGUUGUUGCUCACGUUUUAAUUAAAAUAUUGCUCAUACUUUUAUAACUUUUACAUAUUCGUAUAUAGUAUUUCUUAUAUACAACGGUAUUUAAGUGAAUUUUGUGGUUUCUAUUAUCGCAUUGAUGUAAUUAAUGUACGACGGCAGGCAAACAUUUAGUGUGGCAUAAACUUGGCACUCAUUUCAGUGUCGAUGCGCUUGCCGUCGACUCGUUUGCAUACCAUACACUUGCACGGAUCAACGCGACAUCUAAGAUACGCACUGACAAAACCACCUUGUUUACAACUUUUCAAUUUGCCACUGCAACUAAAUUGCAUUACAAAAAAGAAAUAUUGAAGCAAAAAAUAUUAAAAAGUGAAAGUGAUAAAAAAUUUUGCGUAGAAAAUGGUUUACGAGUCCUCAUAUGAUAGUGGUCGCAGGCCACACAAACCCGACCUGACCCGUGGCUAUUGGGCGGCGCCAAGUGAUUUCGUAUACACCUGCAUUAGUUUGGGCUUCCGCAUGGAUGUCAUAUCGAUGGGCUGGUUCAUCUACCAACACAUGGGCGGUGCUGUUAUACCGUACGUCGUCUGUAUGUUUCUUUUUGUGGUGCCAAUAAUGGUGAUUCAGUCAUUUAUGGGACAGUUUUCCAGCAGUGGUUUUAUAUCGGUGUUUCGUAUAUCACCAAUUUUCAAGGGCUUGGGUUAUAUAAGUUUGGGCGUCAAUUUGGCAGUGCUCACCUACUACAGUAUGUUCGCUGCGGUGCCGUUACUCUAUUUCUUCCACUCCAUGCGCCCUACAAUACCUUGGAGCUGUGAGGGCAUGGAAAAGUGGUUCAUAAACAGCACCGAAGUGAAUGUUGAACAUUCCUGCAAACUUAAGGAUGUAGUGGAAAUUAAUGCUAGCAUGGCAAAGACCAACGAUUCCUAUAAAUAUAUUGGCUAUGAAGUGCCGUCUGUAUUAUUCUUCAACUCGAUUUUCGGUGGUGACGAUAUUAUGGACAACUAUGAGUACCAUAGUCCUUUUAUGUUUUCGUGGGAGCUGCUACUUUGCACAAUGCUUAGCUGGGGCAUUGUCGCUGCCGUCUUUUAUCGCUUCUACAAUACCGAGUUGAUGAGCAAAUUUCUACGUUACACCAUUUGGGCAUCGCUGGCUUUGCUGAUCAUUUCGGUUAUACGUUUCCUGCUGCUAUCACUCGAUUUCAAAUAUAUAUUCAGUUAUUUCAUAGCAACUCCGCGUGAAUUGGCUGAAGGCAUACCGAAUACACUGCUGUUUAUCGUAUCCGCUUUUGGUCCCGGUUGGGGUUCCAUUAUUGCUUUGGCUAGCUUUAAUCGUUUCAAAACAAACAUUAUGAAUUUCAGUUGGCUUAUUUGUAUAGGACAAAUGUGCAUUUUUAUUGCUUACGGCAUUUUAACGCACAUAAUUCAGGGCUAUUUUCAAUCUAUCAUCGAACAUUACGAUGAGGUAGAUAAUUUGUAUGUGUAUGUGAAUCAUCACUGGGCUUUGUAUUUAUCGAGUGGCAGCGUAAUGACCACGAUGAGUUGGCCAAAUCUCUGGUCAAUGAUUUUCUUUGGCAUGCUCGCACUUAUGGCGCUGAUUACGAUGAUCACAAGCUUAUUCUCUGUUUUCCAAAGCGUAUUCGAUGAAUUCGAAAUUCUGCGUGCGCGAAGAACAGAAGUCACUUUCGGCAUCAUUAGCAUACUAGCCGUUUUGUCUCUGUACACGUGCUCCAAUCACGGUGUCGUUUUCUUCAGCGCCAUGUCAAUGGAUACACUAUUCACGCAAACAUCACUGAAUCUCUUUCUGCUUCUGGUCGUACUGUGGAUUUACGGCCGCAUACGCUUUCAGCGCGAUAUAGAAUUCAUGUUGGGUCAACGUUUUUCUACGUGGAAAGUAAAUAUGUUGCGGUUUGUUGCGCCGAUCUGCCUCAUCCUACUGCUAUUAAUUUCGGUGGUCGCUGCGUUCUUCGAGCACAGUGUCGCCUCAAUUGUAGUUCACAUAGCUGCGGUUUUCCUCAUCAUUUUACCGUGGCUCUAUUUACCCGGCUACAUGAUCUAUGUGCUCCUACAAACAUCGGGUCCAUUCAAAAUGCGUUUUCGCCGCUGCUGUCGGCCAUUGGAUUGGUAUCCGCUUGAAAUGGAGGAGCGUCAACGUUAUGAGGAGGCCAUGGGCAAUAUGGAUAUUACGCAUCAGUUGAGUCAGAUGGAAGAUGAAGUUGUGCCAUAACGAGUUAAUCAUGCUGAUCUACGUCUGUUGGUUGUGUAAUCAUAUAAAAUGUGUAUAUGUAUGUAUAUAUUUACUAUUGAAGAAAUUAAAUUGUGAUUUGUAGACAAGAACAAACCGUAUAUGUAUACACGUAUUAAUUUA